GCCAUGUUUAUGAAGUCGUUCAAUGGAUCAAUUCUUUUUCUCAACUACUUCACAAAAUGUACCCUGUUGCUGGACUUGUAAAGAAAGAGUGGAGAUUUACUAGUUCCCAUGGAAGUGUCUGUACUGCUUCUCUACUUCUUGCUGUUCUCCAUCUCAAGAAUCUCCACUGCACUAGACUCUAUUAGCCCAAACCAAUCAUUGAGAGAUGGUGAUUUUCUUGUUUCAGCUGGCCAAAUUUUUGAGCUGGGAUUUUUCAAUCUUUCAGAUUCAAAAAGUCGAUACUUGGGGUUGUGGUACAAGAAUAUAUCUCCUCGGACAAUUGUCUGGGUCGCCAACAGAGAUCAUCCACUUUCUGAUUCUCUAGGGAUGCUGAAUGUCACCAGCAAUGGAAAUCUUGUACUUGUCAAUAGCACAAACGAUGUUGUUUGGUCGUCAAAUACAACAACAACUGUGAAGGAACCAGUUGGACAGAUCCUGCAAUCAGGAAACUUUGUUGUAAGAGAUGGAAAUGAUAGCAAUCUUGCCAACAUAUUCUGGCAGAGUUUUGAUCACCCUGGCGACACACUACUACCAGGAAUGAAAUUAGGAGGCAACUUGGUAACUGGUCUUAACCGGUUCCUGUCAUCUUGGAAGGGAACAGAGGAUCCUGCUCCAGGUCUGUUUUCAUUACAAAUGCAACUUAAUGGGUAUCCUCAGUUGCUACUUAAGAAGGGAAAUAAAGUAGAGUUCAGACCAGGGUCAUGGAAUGGUGUAAGUUUUUCAGGAAAUGCUGAUGUCUUAAAACCUAAUCCAAGUUUCACAUAUGAAUUCGUGUUAAAUAAGGAAGAAAUAUAUUACACAAUUCAUACCCAGAACAAUUUGGUUAUUUCUAGAUUCACAAUAGAUCCAUCAGGCAUACCACAGCUUCUCACAUGGGAUGAUCAAACACAUGAGUGGACAAUUUUUAACGCAGCAGUCUUAGAUCAGUGUGAAAAUUAUGCCUUAUGUGGUGCAUAUUCUAAUUGCAAUAUAAAGAAAUCAUCAGUUUGUGAAUGCUUGGAUGGAUUCACACCCAAGUCCCCAAAAGAUUGGGACUCUCAAGUUUGGUCAGAUGGGUGUGUUCCCAAGACUCCACUGAAAUGCAAAGAUAAGUCUGGGUUUUUGAAGAUUGAAAGUAGCAAGCUGCCAGACACUUCAUCUUGCUGGUUUGACGAGAAAACUGAUCUCAAAGAAUGCGAGAGAUUAUGCCUUUUAAACUGUUCAUGCACGGCAUAUGCAAAUCUGGAUAUUAGAGAUGGCGGAAGUGGAUGCUUGCUUUGGUUUGAUAAAUUGAUUGAUAUGAGAGAAAUAACUGAGGGCAUGCAAGAUCUCUAUGUUCGCCUGGCUGCUUCAGAACUAGAUAAAAUUGAGAAGAAAGGGAUGCCUCAAAGUCUGAAAUCAGGAACUAUUGCUGGUUCUGUGAUAUUGGGCUUAGUCUUGCUAUUGUUGUUUUGUAUGUGGAUGAAAAACCUUAGAAAAAAACAUGGAAUUGCAAACAAAAGGUAUGAAGAUAGAGGAGAUGACUACAUUACUGAAGGUGGGAAACAAGACGUGGAGUUUCAAAUGUUUAACAUGGUGACGAUAUCGGAAGCCACUAAUAGCUUUUCAAGCAGCAAUAAGCUAGGACAAGGCGGCUUUGGACCUGUAUAUAAGGGUACCUUGGUGGAGGGCCAAGAAAUAGCAGUUAAAAGGCUAUCGAGAAGUUCUGGCCAGGGAAUGAAUGAGUUCAAAAAUGAAGUUACAUUGAUUGCUAAAUUACAACACCGGAAUCUCGUAAAGCUUCUUGGUUGUUGUAUUCAUGGAGAUGAGAAAAUGUUGAUAUAUGAAUACAUGCCCAACAAAAGUCUCGACUACUUUAUUUUUGAUCAAACAAGAAGCAAAUUGCUUGAUUGGAAUAAGCGUGUCCAUAUUAUUAGCGGAAUUGCUCGAGGACUUCUUUAUCUUCAUCAAGACUCUAGACUAAAGAUCAUUCAUAGAGAUCUCAAGCUCAGUAAUAUCUUACUAGAUAGUAAUAUGAAUCCAAAAAUUUCAGACUUUGGGCUUGCAAGAACAUUUGGAGCUGAUCAAACUCAAGCUAAUACAGGAAGAAUAGUUGGAACAUAUGGUUACAUGUCUCCUGAGUAUGCAAUCGACGGGCUUUUCUCAACAAAAUCUGAUGUCUUUAGCUUUGGAGUCUUGCUUUUGGAGAUACUAACUGGAAAGAAAAAUAGAGGCUUUUGUCAUCCAGAUCAUGACCUUAACCUUCUCGGACAUGCAUGGACCCUGUGGAUUAAUGGGAAACCAAUUGAACUAAUUGAUGAAUGUUUAACAGAAUCCCGCAAUCUGUCUGAAGCAAUAAGGUGCAUUAAUAUUGGUCUAUUAUGUGUGCAAAAACGGCCGGAAGAUAGGCCGAACAUGUCGGCUGUGGUUGUCAUGUUAAGCAGUGAGAAUCCAUUGCCUGAGCCAAAACAGCCAGGAUUUUUUAUGGAAAGGGCAGCAGCUCAAGCAGAUGCUUCAUCGAGCAUUCAUCAAUCCUUCUCUGCUAAUGAAGUUACUGUGACACUGAUAGAACCUCGCUAAUGUCAUCCUGAAGGUCAACUACAAUGCAAUCAAAAGUGGAUAAUUGAGACAGCUCACCAGUUUUCUUCUUAUGCUGUAAUACAACAAAGGCGUGGUUGAAGCUUUUUCAAGUAAGCUCAUGUGAUGAAAAUUGCAAGUUCUAAGCAGAACCAUGUUAUCCUUCCUGGGAUCUCUGCGAAUCUGAUUUUUAGUUUACUUGCAUUCUAAGAUUUCUAAAGUCUGCUCAAUACCCAUACAAGGCUAAGAUUCUUGAUUUUCGUUGAAAAUUUGCACAAUUUACAGCUGUUAGUUAUUACAACUAAGCAUGCAUGUGAAUUAAUUCUUCUUCCUGGCAUUCUCUAAUUGCAAUCUCCAUUACUUUACCAGCUGAAGAAGGUAAAACAUCACAACAUUGCCGCCUUGGAGCCUGCAACUGUUGAAAUAUAACAUCAAAUUAAUUGUCAACUAUAGAGAUUAAAGAUGACAGGAUGAUGAGUCAUACCUGCUUAUCACUAAGCUCAAGCUUAUGCGAGAACACUUUAAUCUCUUCUAAUUUUCUUGGUGACGACAUGUCGUAUGAGCAAUUGGCAUAACUCUUCUUGUAAUGACUGAUGAUGACCCCAUCACUACUGGAAGAUAAAUGAUCCAGAAAGAAAAUUGUGGGUCUCUGACAAGGAUCAUGGUGAGGUUGUCUUACAUUGAAAGUAUAAGCACCAGCCAGAAGGGUUCCCUUUUGCCAUUGCUUGAAUGUGGCCUGCACAGGGAGAGUAUCAGGCAACAACAUGUGUUUGCCAUAGACCUCAACAGCAUAGCCCCAUGACACUGAAAUAGUCCAGAAAAACCAACGAUCGUAGCAAACAGUUUUCUGCAAGACCCUCUGCGAAUCAACAGCCACAGCUUUAAAGAAAUGUUGUAUUGAAUCUGUAAUUGUCAUGUUAGGGAAGAUUGGAUCUAGGUGACCCAAGUGAUGGAGAGAUACUAUUGGUGACAGUGGAUGUGAUGUCAAUAGACCAAAUAAAUCACCACGAACAUCAACCUGGAGAGUUCAAAGUGUCAGGAAAUUUCGGAAAUGGACUUGACAUUCUCGCUAAUGCAAUGCUAAAAUCAAUAGUAAAAAUUUUUGCUGCAAAAAAUAUAAAGUUUUUGCUGCUAUAAAUUAAUAUAUAAUUAUUGCAUGUUACCUAUACAAAAUUGUGAUAGUUGUUACUAUUCUCAUCGAUUUAACAGCAAAAUUAUUGUUGUUCUAAAUUUUUUGAUAUUAAUUCCAAUAUUUGUUAUGGUCGCUGCUGCUAGAUAUUAAAGUAAACAAAGUUUCAAGAACAAUUUGCAGUUAAACAGCUAAAAAUUUGUCUGGUUUUACCUGAUGGAAACCAGGUUCACGAGUUAAUCCCACUCCUAGCUCUGCCAGGCAAGAAGAGACCCUGGAAUCACUUCCAUAGAGAUGUGGAUAUCGUUCAAUACAUGAAUCAAACACCUUUGCCAGAACUUUUGCAAGUGGAUAACUUAUUGCAAAUCCUCCACCACCGAAGGCCAUUUCAAACCCAAAUGCUCUGUUCUGC